AUGAACAAGUACCUGGUGCGAGGCCUCGGCUUCUUCAACGAUGCCUACGACCUCUUCGUCAUGAACAUCAUCAACGUCGUGCUCACCGAGCAGUACGGCAAGCACGUGUACACGUCGUACGUCAAGUCGUGGGUGUCCGCCGCUGCUAUCAUCGGCGCUGUCAUCGGCCAGCUGCUGUUCGGCUUUUUGGGCGACGUCUUCGGUCGCAAGGUCAACAUGAUCGCUACGUGUGUGCUGCUGAUCGUCGGCAGCAUUCUGUGUACCGUUGCGUACGGAGGUGAUGGCAGUGCGACGCUGUGGUUCCUGGUGGUGGCGCGUGUCAUCUUGGGCAUUGGUAUCGGCGGUGAAUACCCGCUGGCCGCUUCGUCGUCUGCUGAAGACUCGACGUCGAGUGCAGAGCGCAACACUCGGGUUGCCACU